UCAAUAAGCGCCCCGCAUCAUUUUUCCGGCAGGUCAGAUGCUAAACAAGAUACGGAGCGACGACGCUCAAGAUGAUGAGCGCAGGUUGUUCCCGAACUUCGACAGGAACAGUUCGAAUGCGGUCACGAUCAUUCCUGGAGCUACAUUCAGAAAACCCGGCAAAUUAACGCACGGGCUAUCUCCGUUUCGGCCCAUAGACACAAUCGCGCGUCACUCCAGACAAAGUGGGCCAGUUCGUGCGGCGGGGAAGGGGAGGCAGCUGGAUGAUCGCAGCGUUACAAUUCCUGGUUCUUCCCACCGCGGAUACUCUGUGGAACUGGAUGAGAAUAAUAGGCCGACAAAGCGCCAACGUCGAAGCCUGGAGGCGACAUCGGGUCCGGUUGUCGAUUUGAUAGACGUUGAAGAUAUGGAACAUCAGACGUCUCCAACAGGGACGUCAUCCUCGUUUCAGCACACGUCCCGUCUAUCUUCGACAUCUAGCCAGCAGUCCGUACGUCCAAAGAAAUCGAAGGGGACAGGGAAGAAACUAGACGAGUAUAGGAACGUGGAACGGUUAAUGAGCGUUGGUCACGCACCGACCAGUCCUCAGAAUUAUUUCCACAGAAGACAGGUGAUUAUUGAGGAUGACAAUGACGCUCCGCCUACACCAAAAAGGAAACCUGGAGACACGCGAGAAGGUGCCGAUCGGACUGAGACUGACAAAGUCAACCGUGACAACAAGCCGGAAAUCCUCGACAGUGUCGAGAUUUGCAAUACAAGGAACCAAAAGGAUGUGACCGAGCUGGAAAGUCCAAAGUCUCUAAAGAAAUUCUUUUCGACAGACAGUAAGCGACGCGGAUCAAGCGGACGAGAGAGCCCGGACGAACUACAGGGAGAUAUCACCGUGCAGCGUGCGCCUUCCUCGCUGAAUGGAGUGCAUGCGAGGGAAGCCAGUGUCGGUUCCUCAUCAGCCGACCGAUCGAAGAAAGAUGCCUGUUGGCGAUCAUCUCCAAGCGAUAUUCGUCCCGUGGAAUUCACGUCCACCUCCGGAAAAGAUCGAGGAAAGGCAAACCGGAAAGAGAGGUCAGACAAGGGUGCUUCUCACAAGAAAUUGUUCGAAGCAGACUUGUUCCGUUUCGGCCCUGUCGAGCGUGUAUCUUUCGAAGGACAGGGCUUUGAACUCACUAUCAAUAAGGCCCGAGACACUCUUUGCCUGGCGGAAACUGCUGACAAGGACAGCACGAAGGGGAUUGAUAUACCGCUGCAGAAAAUCACGACUGUCUUCGAAGGAGAAAGUCCAAGUCGUAAGAUCCGUUUACGUCUUUCAAAAGUGGAGGGCAGCGAUGAAAUGGUAGAUAUACAACUAUCUUCAGAGAAGGAAAAGGACAACUUCUGCAAGGUCCUGAAGCGGAAAGAUAUCAAAUUUUUAUCAAAAGAAAGUGGGUGGAUGGACGCUGCAUUCAAUAGGAAUGAGAAAAGAACUGCUGCGCAGAAAGGUCGCUACAAGCGCCUCAACGACGCAGAGAACAGCGAGGAGCCUGUUCAAAAGUCGAAAUCCGAAACGAUUAAACGGCCAAAACUUUCCGAAUCUCUCCAAGAUGACAGCGCCAACACCAACCGCUCUGCAGGGUCUAUGAUUAGUCGACCCCCGCGUCGUCUAGGCGAAGCUUCGAGUCAUGCGCAGAGCCAAACUGAAGUCCCUGACCCGGACAGUCACAGCCAUCCAUCCAGAAGCGGAUCUGAUGAAGGAGUCGCAAUCCCUGUCAAGAAAUAUAUGGAUAAUUCCUUGUACGAACGAGAAACACGGUCCAAAUCCCGGAAAACACAGCCUGCAGUCAUUAGCGAUGAUAAGGAGCCAACAGUAGAGAAAGCAGUGUCCGCUUACAAGCCGCGAAAGUGGUCGAAAUCCCUUGUGUACCCUCGAGUGGGAAAGAAGAAGGCUGAAGUCGAUGUACAUGAUCUAGAAAGACUCCGUGACGGAGAGUUUCUCAACGAUAAUCUCGUCGGUUUCUAUCUGCGAUUCCUUGAACAUCACUUGGAACGUACAAGCCCUCAAACGGCGAAGAAGAUCUAUUUUUUCAACUCCUACUUCUUUGAGACACUUACCAAUCUUCCGAGAAGCAAACGUGGGAUUAACUAUGAAGGCGUCCAAAAGUGGACGAGGAAUGUCGAUAUCUUCAGUCAUGACUAUAUCGUUGUUCCUAUCAAUGAGAGCGCACAUUGGUACGUGGCUAUCAUAUGUAAUCUGCCGAUCUUGGAGCGCCCUCAAGAGGGUAGUCCCGAGCUCGAAGGAUUUCCUGAUAAAGAAGUCUCGGAGGAGCGUUCAGAAAUCCCUGAGACUCCACCAGCUGUGGCGGAAGAUAGUUCGGUCAACGACCCUAACGCUAUCGGCAAUGUGCACUCGGAUUCCGGUAAAGAAGAGAAGACCCGUCAAUCACUCGCUUCAAUGACACUUUCUGACAAUAGAGAAGUCUCCUCGCCCACUGGGGAAAAGGUUCAGUCUGGGACAGCACCGGAAGCUGACGAUGAUUGGCCGGAGGGAGAAGAGAACCCUACCUCGUCACCCCCGAAGUUCACAAAGCCUGGUGAUUAUCCUCGUGAGCCAGAACCGAGCCAAGAACAGGAAGAUGUGUCACGGAAGAAAUCGCAAGCGGCCGAUAAGGGAAAGAAGCAAAAGAAGAAACAAGGACGCUCUUUGCCGAAAUACGAUCCCAAGCAACCGGUUAUUAUUACGUUCGAUUCCCUGGACCUCCCGCGCUCGCCGACAGUAAGAUGCCUCCGUGAGUAUCUCUACGAGGAAGGGAAGUCUAAACGCGGAAUCGACGUCGAUGUGAAGGCGAUCAAGGGGAUGACGGCGCGAGAGAUCCCACUGCAACCUAAUUUCUCAGACUGUGGUCUAUACCUACUGGCGUACAUGGAAAAGUUCAUCCAGGAUCCAGAUUCUUUUGUGACCAAACUUCUUCAGAGAGACAUGAAAACGGAGACGGACUGGCCUUCGCUGAAAUCCGGUCUCCUCCGCCGUCGCCUUCGCAAGUUCCUCGACGAUCUGUAUGAGGAGCAGGAGGAGGCACGGCGCCAUAAGAUGACCGAGACAACCACAAUGGCUGACAGGAAGCCAAUUUCAUAUCUAUUGGGGCCCAGUCAAGUCUCUAAGAAGAUAAGGAGCGGUGACAAGCCUGCGCGGAAAUCUGAAGAGCAUGAUGCAUUAUGCUCUAAGGACCAGAGUCCCUCCAAAGAUCUCCCUGGAAACAGAAGCAGCCCGGAGGAGCUAGUGCUAAGACAGUCGAAUGGUGAUUCGUCGCAGCAGGCUGCAUCAAAGGACACCCUGAAGAAGGGAACGCCAGAUGAGACAACUCCAAGACAGCCUGAGGUGGAUGAUACAACUGUAUCAGGCCCAGUUGGCGAAGCUGCAGAGGACGCCGCAGCAAUAGUGCAGCCUCCCGCUAUGAAUGACACGGCACUCGAAAGUACGACUUCGGACCGCGAAGUGAUUGAAGUACUUGAUAGUCAGUCACAACAAGUACCAGCUUCUCCACGCCAUCUCCGUCAUAGCAAGGGAAAGAGACAGUCAGGACCUCGACACGCAGAGGCAGCUGACGAUGAAAACUUCCUCGAUGAACUGCAAGAGGUCGUAAAUACGUCCCCAAAAGUUAGAGUUGAGGUGCAAGUUCCAGGGACACCACCCCUUGGCAGAGCAACGGCACUUGUGGAGGAUAGCCCGCGGAGAAGUCCGCGACAGGCGAGACCAACGAGCAAGUGAAAGGAAGACUGAGUAUUUUGCUGAGACGCGUCAAAUGUUUUGUGUUUCAGCCUCUGGAGUUGUGAUCUGGGUUUUAGCUUCACGAGAGCGCGACCACUUCCGGUUUGCAUUUAUAUCUUUCAAUUCGCGCUGUAGAGUUAGCGUCCUCCGUGUUGCAUUUUCUAGUGGCGUUUUACACGGGGAAUGGCCAAUGCUCGUCUCCGCGGGUUCUGGUUUUUAUUACAUAGAUGAUACCAAUAUUUGCAAGCACUGAUAUUUAAAAACACCAGUG